GCCCCGGGCCGCCGUUCCGGCUCCUGCCGCCGCGCGCUGGCAGUGGCGUGCGCGCUGGCCUGGCCGACCUUCCGGAACCUCUCCUGGCCCCGCCGUCCGUACGCCGGCAAGAUGGCGGCGCCCAGCGGACCCGCGGGCUUCUCUCGCAGCGGUCUCUUCUCCUUCCUGCCCGGCGGCGCGCGCUCCCAGAUGACCGACGACGACUUGGUGACUGACGCGCGGGGCCGGGGCGCAGGGCAUAGAGACGCCGCCGCCUCCGCCUCGGCCCCGCAAGGUUUGGAGCACGGGAAGCGGCCGUGCCGGGCCUGUGUGGACUUCAAGUCGUGGAUGCGGACCCAGCAGAAGCGGGACAUCAAGUUUAGGGAGGAUUGUCCACAGGAUCGGGAGGAACUGGGUCGCCACACCUGGGCUUUCCUCCACACGCUGGCCGCCUAUUACCCGGACAUGCCCACCCCAGAACAGCAGCAAGAUAUGGCCCAGUUCAUACAUAUAUUUUCCAAGUUUUACCCCUGCGAGGAGUGUGCGGAAGACAUAAGGAAGAGGAUAGGCAGGAACCCGCCAGACACAAGCACUCGGGUCUCCUUCAGCCAAUGGCUGUGCCGUCUGCACAAUGAGGUGAAUCAGAAGCUGGGCAAGCCUGACUUUGACUGCUCAAGAGUAGACGAGCGAUGGCGUGACGGCUGGAAGGACGGCUCCUGUGACUAGAAGAUUGUCGGCAGAGUGUGUGGGGCGUCUGGCCAGGAUCCAUAGGCAACCUGGCUAGAGAGGGAGGGACAGCCUAUUGAUUAAAAUGCAUCUGAGCCAAAGCUUUUUUUUGGUGGGGUGGGGAAGGUAGGGUCCCUAAGACAUUGCCAAUGGGAACCCUACCCAAUGGGAACCCUACCCACAAGAUUGAGAAGUGGAGGUAUCCACUGUGGCCUCCUCAGCUAAGGCGCCAUGGGACUGAAGAUGAGAGAGGCAUCUAUCUACAGGCUGCCCCGUAUCCUUUAUAAUGCAGCCUCUUGCCCAUUACACAGUUGGGACAUGGCUGCCUGCAGAACUAUGACCCUGGCAGCUCUGUGUCAUUUCACUGAGCUGUCUACUCUGUACUCUGUUCCCAGCUCUAGGAGGGCUCUUCUCUGAGGGUGUGCCCACCAUACUGCCCACUGCCUGCCUGGCACAUGUUCUUCCACAGCUGUGACAUGCCUGUCAGCAGAUGAUUCUGAGUAUCUGCUUCCUUAAGAGUUUGAGACCAAAAUAAAAUGAAGUGACUUAGG